AUGGCGGGGAGACCGAGGGUUUCGAAGAAGAAAGUCACACUGAAGAAGAAGAAAGGUCCAUCAUCCUCAGAUCCAGUAAAGAAACAGAAAUCUAUGAAUGAAAUUCUUGGAGUGGAGGCCAUAGAUUUCAACCUGGAAUCGGCAGAGGAGGCAGAGGAUGAGAUUGCCGAUAUUGCCGCAUCUGAAGCUCCAGUCCGCAGCGAAACGCCUGACUCGGAGAAGAUCCUGGAACAGCAUUUAGAGGUGAGAUCGACGCUGAAAGAUUGGGUUAGUGUGUUGAAAGGGGCUUCCGUUCCAUCUAAUGAUACAGGUAAACCCAAGCUCAUCCUGAUUCUGAAUCUUGAUUCAGAGGAUCAGAUUGGAAAAUCAGGGGAAGUUGUUGAUUGUGUGCAAAUUGAGCCAGAGGACAUAGAGGAUGAGAUCCUAUACUGGAGUACAACAAUAGUUUGCUAUGUGUUGGGUUCUAAUCCUCCUAUUUCAGUAAUGGAGGGAUUCUUUAGAAGAAUUUGGAGGGGGAAAGGAGUGGAAAAAGUUGGUUUAUUAGCACCAGGUGUGUUCAUGGUGAGGUUCAAUACUCUGGAGGAAAAAGAUGAGAUCAUGAAUGGAGGCUAUCAUUUUUUUGAUAAAAAACCAAUUAUAAUGAAGAACUGGGAUCCGAAUACUAGAUUUACUAGAGAGGUUGUUCUGAAUGUGCCACUUUGGGUUCAAUUAUGUAAUUUGGACUUAAAGUUUUGGGGAGAGAAGGCUAUGACAAAAAUUAUGAACUCUGUGGGUAAGUAUAUUCGGCAAGAUAGAGCAACUUUGGCUAGAGAAAAAUUACAAUAUGCUAGGGUGUUGAUUGAAGUAAAUAUCUCUCAGGAGCUACCGAAUGUGAUUAAAUUUAGAGAUGAAAAUGGAGAAGCAGUGUAUGUAGACCUUUAUUUUGAAUGGAAGCCAGACCGGUGUGCUAGCUGCAAAGGAUUUGGGCAUAAGCAAGAGGUAUGUAAGAAGAAGACACAAAAUGUUCCUGAUAAAGUCUGGAAGCCAAAAGUCAUACCAGAUGCUAGUACAAUGCCAGUUCAUCUCCUAGAAGCAAGGGUUAAGGCUACCGAAAUGGGAGCCUUAUACCUCCAUAUGUUUCAAGGGUGGUGUUUCACUACUAAUUUGAUGAAUCAUCCAAACGGCAGAAUUAUUGUGGCUUGGAAUCCUAGAAGUUUUGAUGUGAGUAUUCAAGGAAGCUCAAGUCAAUGGAUGCAUUGUAUUGUGGAAGCCAAAACUGGUGAGAAGUUUGAACUCACUUCAGUGUAUGAAUUCAAUGUUGUUAAAGGAAGAGAGAGUUUAUGGAGUGAUUUGAAAAAAAUUAAGAUUGAAGUUAAAUUCCCUUGGCUUGUGUUGGGGGACUUUAAUGCUAUCUUGUCAACUGAAGAUAGACUUCGUUACACUGGAGAUGGCUCGGAUUUAUUUCCUUUUCAGAACUGUGUUCAGUAUUGUGGCCUUGAAGAUGUUAAGUUUUCUGGUUCCUUUUUUACUUGGAACAAUAAACAAGAAGGAAAAGCUAGAGUUUAUGCAAAGAUUGAUCGGGUUUUAGCUAAUGAUCACUGGCGUGAGCUGUUUGAGGCUGCUGAAGUGAGUUUCUUGCUGGAGGGAGAUUUUGAUCACUAUUUCCAUCAGAAAGUAGCUCAAAGUAGGGAGGAAGAGGUUCAUGGGAACCCAAUGUAUAGGCUGGUUGUGAAAUUGAAGAGGUUAAGAGCUGUUUUGAGAUUGAUUAAUAAAGAAGGGAAAGGUGAUGUGUUUGUUAAAGAGACAGAGUCCUUUGCUGAGUUGAUCAAAGCUCAAGAGAAGAUUAGAGAGCACCCAGGUGACAUCUCCUUUAUCCAUGAAGAGAUUACAGCCAGGAAAAAGUAUGUUGAGGCUCAUGAGGAUAUGUUACAAUUUCUUAAGCAGAAAGUGAAAAUUCAGUGGUUGAAAGAAGGGGAUCAAAACACGAAACUGUUUCAUAAUAGUAUUAGAAGCAGAAGAAUUCAAAAUGCAAUCUAUUCUACUUGGGAUCUUCAAGGGAAUCGCCAUGAUACUCAAGAUGGAGUGAGCCUUGCUUUUCAAGAGUAUUAUUCUGACUUGUUGGGAAUGAAAGUGGCGAGCAGGAAGUCUGUGAUUGCUAGUAUUGUUCAAGAAGGGCAGGUUAUUUCGGAGAGUCAAGCUGAGUUCUUGGUAAAGAGAUUUACCGAAGCUGAGGUCAAGGCUGCAGUGUACUCGAUUCCAAAUGAUAAGGCUCCAGGACUUGAUGGGUACAGCAGCGCUUUUUUCAAGCAUACUUAG